GUACCUAACGUUGAAAGUAAGGUGACGACAAAUCGUAGGUGUCCCCCGUGUACCCGAUGGUCUCGCGGACACGUGAAAAUGCACAUUGCCGAUUGCACCGGACACAUCGCAAGGGAACGGAACAGUCGUCCGUCGAAUAUUGUGGCGCAAGGAGCAUUUUCCGGGAAUCGUCGAUCUCCUUGGACCGUUAUACGCCCUCUUCCUCUUUCGAUUCAUACAUAUAUAUGUGUGUGCUUGUGUAUUGCCGAGCGGGAAUUGCACGUCCGCCCCAGUCUAUCGAUGGCAGAGUGGACGCCGUCGUCUCAGCAUCCGAUAAUCAUAAAAUUUCACUCGCACAUGCGCCACACCGCCCCUGCAGUCAAUAGCGGCGGAAAAUCCCCGUAAUCUCGUUUUCGACCACAGGCGCCACGUCCUGCGUUAGAUAUACGUGCCGCGUAUUCAACGACACAGUGGACAGCCCCGUGGCUAUACGACACCGCAUACCUAAAUAUCAAAGGUCGCGCAGUUUUUUUUUUAUCGUACAACGGUCGGCGACCGCGUCGAACGAGUAAGCGAAGGCGGUGUUCGUUUACCAGACGAUAACGACUUGUAUACCAUUGGUGUCACUCGUAUUCAGCCUUAUCGAUUUGAUGUCUGGGCAUAGUAAAUCUGUCUUUUCUUCAAGAUUUCAGAAACGGUGGAAUCCGUAUUUUGAAAAGCUAUGAUAGGCUUGAAGCUAGAUAAUGAUGAUCUAUCAAAGCUUUUUCCUAAAUGUCGGCCAGCCACAGUACGUUCAACAGAUUUAAAUCUGAAUCCUCUGUGUGAAGUUUCGGAUAAUGAUAUGGAUUUAACUCAAAUAUCUGAACGUCAAAGAACCAGGUGUGAUAAUUUACGUCGGAACAAUGCAAGAAAACAUAGUAUACAUGGAAUUAAAAAAUUUCGAACCAGAAGAAGAAGUGAUAGCGAUGUGAGUCAAGACUCAUCCUUAGAAACUAGUGUAGAAGAUGAAGAGGAGGAAUUUCCUGAGAAUAUGGAUGAAGAUGAAGACGACGAAUCUGAUAUCAAAAACAUUUACUGUGAAUCUGGAGUCAAGUGCAGUACAGAAAAUAGCACAACCAAUCGAACAAGAAAUCCAAAUAAAACGAGUUUGACUUCAAAACAAUCUACCUACAAAUUAAGAGAUUCAAGAAUAAUAGAAAUAGCUGGGGGCCGAGAAGUAUAUAGUCAAAGUCGCAGUAAAGCUGGACGAAAAACACGUCAAUUACCUGUACAUUCUGAUGUAGACUGGGUCAAAUCACCUGGCCGUGUUUGGGAACUUCGUAAUAGAGGUUUAGAUGUUCCUAGCACUGAGACUUCACAGGAAAUAUCAGGAUCUGUAUUUCAAAGUGAAGGGAAAUCAUCCAAACAUCAACGGCAAUUAGAUGAUCCUGUUUUGUUUGAUGACAUCCCUAAUGAUGUAUGGGAUAAAGUUCAACACGAUUCUUCAAUAAGUCAAUAUGGUCUGCAUCAUAAUAAAAAUUCAUGUCAAAAUAUUGAUCCAUGUCAACAUCAUUUAAACUACAAAUCUAAUCAAAAUGGUGACAUAAAUGUGAUGGCCAAUAGUAGUUGUAAUGAAAAAUCAAGCACAGAAAAUACAGAUGGAUUAUUAAGGUCGCAAUGUGACAUUCAGACAAAUGAUUUUAAUGGAUCUCCAAAACAUUUUAGAGAAGAAGAACAUUUGAUGCCAUCUUUGUUAUCGUCUCCUACUCUUUAUGUACCUCGCCCAGGAUUUCCUCAAAGAGUGGUAGAAGAUGAUUCAAGAUCUUCCAGUCCUUCUCCAACUAUGAAUUUUGACUAUUUAUAUGAGUUUUCUGAGACGAGAAAAGUUUUAGAAGAGUUCUUUAAAUCUGGCACUGAAAAUCAAGAUUCUCAACAACUGCAAUUUCAAGAUUUAGAGUAUGAACUAAGAAGAAGAAUACCAGUAUCCGAACAAAACAAUACAUAUUUAAACAUGCUUCUUUCUAAUGAAGACUUGCACAAAAGUUCUCAGCUAUCACCACUUAAGCUUAACUCGUCAAUAGAUGAAUCUCGUUGUUUGGCUGGUAUUCAUCAGAGUUGUGUUGGGCGAUUAAAUCGCAACGUGACUUUAUCUCCUGAAGUAACUGACUGUGAAGACACUGGAAUGGGUAGCGAUGGUGAAUCAUCAUCCAUGGUUGAUGGUCAGCACCUAAUUCCGUUGUGUGGUGUAACUUCUAUUACCAUGCCAGUUUUAGAAGAUGGGUUAUCUAGUGGACAUACUAGUGAUACAGACAACAACAAUCCGACUGUGUUAUUAAUGAAGAGGCAAAUUAGUGAAAUUGAGAGAGAAAUUAUUGAACGAACAAACAGAGUAAUUAAAUGUGAUAGUAGUGAUGCUAGUGGAACUGAUACGCAUGCAACUAGUCAAGAAACGAGCUUACAAUUGCUGGAUUCUUUAGUAAGACCCGAUGAGAGCAGAACCCCUCCCCCACCAGCGCCAUCAACACACCGCACAAUUAAUGAAUCUACCGAUUUAGUGGAGGCUGCUAUUAAUGAAAUAAGAUCCAAUCUCAGACAGAGUCAGUCAUUAAAAGCUGUUACCGUAGAUGAUGACUUAUCACCAGGUUGCAGUCCUAGCAAAGAUAGUACAAAUUCAAAUACAGCCAAAACUGAAGAUAUACCAAUUUGGGUGCCUAGGCACAGAGGGACUGGUUCGGGUCCUAGUGGUGACGAAGAAGAAGCAGAUACAGACUUAGAAACUGAUAGACUUCUGGGACAACAGCGAACUGAUGAUACUGGAUUUUUUGAUGAUAAAACCGACUGGAGGAAGUUGAAAUCACGGUCUUUAUUACCAUUUACUUUGACGUCGCCUUCAAGCAAUACGUCCUCGCAUCCUGCAUCCGUAGAUCCGGCUGCUAGUAAUGAAAAAACAUUCAUCAUACCCCAAACCUUAAAUCCUACAAAAAAGGAAAAAGAUGGUACAAAGAAAAAAGCGCGAAACAAAGAAGGAGUACCUCAGCACCAAACAGUGUUAAUUGAAGGUGUUCUGUUUCGAGCGAGGUAUUUGGGAUCUACGCAACUGGCUUGUGAAGGGCAGCCUACUAAAAGUACCCGAAUGAUGCAAGCAGAAGAAGCUGUGUCAAGAAUAAAGGCACCCGAUGGAGAAACACAACCUAGUACUGAAGUAGAUUUGUUCAUAUCUACUGAAAAAAUAAUGGUUCUAAAUACAGAUUUAAAAGAAAUCAUGAUGGAUCAUGCUCUCCGAACUAUAUCGUAUAUUGCUGAUAUUGGUGAACUAGUUGUAUUAAUGGCACGAAGACGUUGCUUUUUGACGCAUCAAACAUCAGACUCUACUACAGAAACAACUUUAGUUCCAACUGGUGUGAAUGGGGUAGAAAAAACGCCCAACAAUAGAACACCAAAAAUGAUAUGUCAUGUUUUCGAAAGUGAUGAGGCUCAAUUUAUUGCACAGUCUAUUGGUCAAGCAUUUCAAGUGGCCUAUAUGGAGUUUCUAAAAGCAAAUGGCAUUGAAGAUCAUAGUUUUGUUAAAGAAAUGGACUAUCAAGAAGUAUUAAAUUCACAGGAAAUAUUUGGAGAUGAAUUACAAAUGUUUGCAAAAAAAGAACUUCAAAAAGAAGUUGUUGUACCAAAAUCUAAAGGUGAAAUACUUGGUGUAGUAAUUGUUGAAUCUGGUUGGGGUUCUAUGUUACCAACUGUUGUCAUAGCAAAUUUAGCGCCUGCUGGGGCAGCUGCACGUUGUGGACAAUUAAACAUCGGAGAUCAAAUUAUAGCUAUUAAUGGUGUAUCGCUUGUCGGGUUGCCAUUAUCUACAUGUCAAAAUUAUAUUAAGAACUCGAAGCCUCAAACUGUUAUUAAACUGACUGUGGUGCCGUGCGCUCCAGUAGUUGAAGUAAAAAUCAAAAGACCAGACACAAAGUAUCAGCUUGGUUUUAGCGUACAAAAUGGAGUGAUAUGUAGCCUACUUCGAGGUGGAAUUGCAGAGCGCGGUGGUGUUCGAGUUGGUCAUAGAAUUAUUGAGAUAAAUAACCAAAGUGUAGUAGCAGUACCACAUGAAAAAAUUGUUAAUUUGCUCGCUACUUCUGUUGGAGAAAUUUUAAUGAAAACUAUGCCUACAUCAAUGUUUCGAUUAUUGACUGGUCAGGAGUCACCUGUGUUCAUCUAGUCUAGGACAUAAUUUGUCCUAAAUAAAAUAAAACCUUUUAAAUGCCAUUGAAAAUUGUACAAAAAGUUAUGAACUACCCUACCAUUGAACCUGGUACUAGCUCAUAUUCUGUGCAUUUUUUUGGCUUAAUAUAUAAUAUUACCUAGCUAGAUAUGGACUAGUAAAGGGUUUAUUUUUUUGCACAAUAUUACGGGCAUAUCUUCCUUUUUAAUCCCGUUCCCUUUAAUAGUUUUAAUGCGAGUUAUUAUUGAAUUGAAAUUAUGAAAAUCAUUUGUAAAGCUUUAAUUUAUUUUAUAUAUUCUUCACAAGUUGCCUUUGUGAUUUAUAAACUCUCUGUGACCGUUGAAUAGUAAGAGAAACUAUUAUUUGAUGUAAGUAAAAACGUAAGUUAGAAACAUUUAUCAACAAUUUGCCAUAUCAAGAAGAGAAUUAGUAUUAAAAUACAAUAUAAUAAUUGAUUUUCCAAACCCCCAAUUUUUUUUUACUUUAUCAAAUUUUAUUUAGUUUGUUUUUAUUAUUAUUACUAUUUUUUAUUGUUAUUUUAUUUUAAUUUUUUGUGAUAAUUAUUUGGUUAACAAUGUAAAUGCAAUGCAGUUCCAACAAAAUUGCAUAAACGUAUCAGCAUUGUGUCAUUUGAACAACUCAAAUUCAAAUAUCAUAAUGUGUAUAAAUGUCUGUGGACCCAGCAGCUGUGACAAAUUCUUAAUUCCUAUCUAUUCUAGUCAUCAUUGUGAAUGUACAUGUUAAUAUGUAUUUUUAAUUAUUAUAAUAUAAUAAUAUUGUCAUUAGAUUAUUAACUUAUGUAUUAUAACAAAUUACAUGUAUACAUAACUUUUUUUUUAUGCCUUUAUUUAAUUU